UUCAAGUCUGUCCUUCAGGGCAUCUUACUUUCUUCUGAAGGGGAGAAGUUGAACUCGAUGAAUUUGCUCCUGUAUAUGUCUCCAAUGGCUGUCGUGGUUUUGGUUCCUGCAGUGCUUAUUAUGGAGCCCAAUGUCAUAGACGUCACAACAACUCUUGGAAGGGAGAAAAAAUCUAUGUGGAUUCUUCUUUUGCUUAACUCAGUGACCGCUUAUGUAGCGAACUUAUCAAACUUCUUGGUGACUAAGCAUACAAGUGCUCUUACCCUUCAGGUGUUGGGGAAUGCAAAGGGUGCUGUGGCUGUUGUGAUCUCAAUCCUUAUAUUUAGAAAUCCUGUGACUGUUGUGGGCAUGGCGGGCUACACAAUUACAGUAUUGGGGGGUGGCAGCAUACGGAGAAACAAAGAGAAGGUUUAG